CAGUCAAGGCACCCUUUAAAAUUAUGGACAGUCCUGAGGCACCCUUUAAAAUUAUGGACAGUCCUGAGGCACCCUUUAAAGUAUAGUCCUGAGGCACCCUUUAAAAAUUAUGGACAGUCCUGAGGCACCCCAUUCUAAAUUUAUUUAGCCAAUUGCCAUCUGGCUGUUUUACAUAAAUGACCGGCCUGCUACUUCCUAAGGGCAGGAGGUCAUUUGAAAAUGGCCACCCCUUGUGAUUCUUGUGCAUGCCCUCUAGUGCAGUGUUUCUCAACCUUUUUUCGGUCAAGGCACCCUUUAAAAUUAUGGACAGUCCUGAGGCACCCUUUAAUAUUAUGGACAGUCCCGAGGCACCCUUUAAAAUUAUGGACAGUCCUGAGGCACCCUUUAUAAUUAUGGACAGUCCCGAGGCACCCUAUUCUAAAAUGGGGUGCCUCAAGACUGUCCAUAAUUUUAAAAGGCACCCCAUUCUAAAAUGA